UGAAAAUGACUUUGUGCGAAUGCAUGGCUGUAUUAAUUAAAGCGUCCCAUUGAUUGUUAGUGACUGAUUCUAAUUAUCAGGGGUCAUGUCGUGCGUAAUUAACGCGUCAAAGUAGCAAGUAACUAAGAGUUCGCGUGCUCUAAAACAAGAAUUAAUUUUAAACUAGAUAUAAAAGUAAUAUAGCGAAAACCUGAAUAUUUCGGCUUUGUUAGUUUCAUUAUAUUGACUACAACACGUAGCUUCCGCAUCAGCAAUUUCUAUAAAAUCCAUGUCGCAGGCAUAUUUGCGUUUACUUGUUAGUUUAGUGAUAUGUCUGCACCAUGGAUCGCUUAGCGAGAUUUUGUGUUUUAUUCACGAAGUUAUUGUUUUUUAUACAUUCAGUGAGUUCGGAUCUGUUCUCAGUGAGGAUAGGCACGGAAACUCCUAUAAAUGUGGUUGAUACGCGAUUUCUAAGUUUUACCAUCGACCCCGAAUAUUUGUUUACCAGUGAUGAGAAAUAUAAAAGCAAAGAAUGCAUGUGCAUGGCCUCAGCUCUAUCUCCAGCGUACAUCCGCAUAGCUGGCCCUUCCACCUCGCGUCUGACCUUCAGCAACAGCACCCUCGGCCUUGAACCUGACCUCGAGGAGACCCCCAUAGAGCUCACCUUCACCAACAAAGCCAGCAAACUCAAGCUCGAAGACAUACUACGCCAAGCGCGCAAAGACAACAAAAAGCCGUUGAAAAAACGCGAGAGUUCCUUAACAGUCACUCAUAAGCAAUGGAAGAAGUUUGCAGACUGGUCCAAUCAGACUGGUUUUAACAUAGUGUUUGCAGUGAACAACCAGGAGAAGCUGAGAUCUGGGAUGUGGGAUGCCAACUCGGCGCUGAGCAUCCUGAGCGUGGCUGAUAGAGGGAAGAUUGACAAUGUGGUGUGGCAGCUGGGUUACGAAUGCACCAACCAGUCCAUAGAAGAAUACCUCUACGACUUGGAGACCCUUCGUGUCAUGGUGGACACCUUCCCCCAGGGCGCCGCGGGGGGGUGGCGGGUGGUGGCGGGGGACGUGACCCCCUGCCUGGAUGCGGCUUCCAAGAGCGACUUCAAGGACUUUGUGGCGCUGAGCAAUGAGAGAUUGGACGCCAUUUUGUUGGACGGUAACUCAUCAUCCCACGAGCUGGAGAAGCUCUCGGAGAAGGAGCGCACGCGGCUGCUGCGGCUACUGUCUGCGGGAGACACACCGCUGUGGCUCAGCGACCACCACGCACAGAACAUUCCACAAUCCCCGCUGCUGCGCGCCGCGGACUGGAUGUCCUCGCUGGGGCACUCCGCGAGGAACGGGUUCACGGUGCACUUCAGGGAGCUGAGGGAGAAUGAGCUGUUUGAGCCGAGCCUUAGUUUCUACAUGGCGCUACUCUACAAAAACCUGGUCGGCGAGCGCGUACUAGACGCAGACUUCGACUCCAACUCCGACCGAGCGUGUUUAUUCGCGCACUGUACAUCGCUGCGUCACAAGCCAGUGCCGGGAGCCGUCACUUUGUACGGAGCUAACAUGAACGACGAACCGGCCAGAUUCUCACUGAAGCUUAGCAGGAGGGAGGAGGGCGGGGAUAUCAUGCAGUUUAUAUUGGCGAUGGAUGAUAGCGGGAACAUCAUAGUGAACGGUCGCGCCAUGUACUACGAGGGAGAUAUCCGACCAGUUGUGAAGCGCGUGCGUCCGUACAAGACACUGCUCCUCAACCUACCUCCUAAAUCGUUCGGGUUCUGGGUACUCGCCAACACUAAGGUAAAUGCAUGUUACGACACAAAAACAAGUGACUACGAAGAAAACCACUUUGUGCGAGCAAUAUCUGUUGAAGACGACAAAUAUAAAGAAAAUACAAUAAGAUCUAAACGUUCAAACGAGAUGAAUAGUCUAGAUUAUCCUGAUUUUGUUGAUCUCAAUGAAGAAAGAAUUGCAACAACUUUAAAAAGAACUCAAGCUACAAAUGACAUAAUAAAACAAAUUGAUAAAUUAAACGAGGAUUUGCAAAAAGCACACAAACUGCUAAGGAGAACUGAAAGGAUAUCGGACAAUGGGAUCGAAACACCACUAAUAAGACGUAAACGUCAAGAUAUUGAAGAAGAAAACAAACCGAAAACUAAAACAUUAUUUAAAAAUAAAAUUAUUAAAAAGCCUUUGUUUUUGAUAUCUAAGGACCGCAAAGUUGUUAAAGAAGAACUACUUGAAGAAACCAAGCCCAAAGUGGGCUGGGUCGGAAAGUUACUUCGUUUUAAUGCUAAAUUAAAUGAAACAAGGUAUUUACGACAUGAAAAGUUGAAGAAACUUAGAGAGUUGAGUACUAAGAGCAAAGUUAAUAAAAGACAUUUAGGUAAACUCCCUCUUCAUCAGGACAAUGAGGUCAUCAAACCCGGUAAUGCUAAUAUAAAAGAUAAUGAAAUAGAUUUUGACGAAAACCUUAAAAAGAGGAGACGGCGAAGUAUAUUAUCUGCCAAGAAUAUUAACACAGAUGAAGACUUAUUAGAAAAUGAAAUUGAUACUGACACUAGAGACAAAAAGUUCAUCAGAUACGGUAAAAUACUUCAUAAAAUUAAUGAACAACUAGAAGAACUACCCGCAAAGCUACAAUCUACAUUGAACCAAGAUAAUAAUAUCAACAAUGACGGUAGUGAAGAUUCUUCAGGUGCUUUAGAAAACCAAAUUGUACUGAAAACCAAAAUGACAGAGGAUAACGCAUCUAUAAAUCUUAUUGAAAAAAAUACUCCAGGCUUUUUCAGAAAAACAUUUAACAAGGCAUUUGAAAUCAUAGAUGACUUAAAUACUAAGAUAAACACCCUAAUUUCAGCUUUGAAUUUCGUGGACUGAUUUUGUAAAACGAUUAAAUUGUUUUAUGUAGA